UGAGGGAAUAAGAGAAACAAAGUUAUUCGGUCGAGGAAUAAUAAAAUUUUUGAACAUUUAUGUAAUACAGUAAUUCACUAAACUCUGGAAUGACAACGGACAUUUGUUACUCACAGAUAAAAGUGCAGAGAUUAAUUUCUACAUAUUACACACUUGAACUCGCUAAAAGUUUCUAAUGGUAAUAAUAAUGUUGUUUACAAUUUAUGGUUAAUUCUAACAACUACAAUAAACAGCAAGGCAUCAACAGAAAGGAAAAGCGAAAUUAAGUAUUUCUAUUAAUUCCUUUUUUUUUUACUAAAAGGAAAUACUAAAGAAUGGAGGUGGAAACUAUGGCAACCACAAGUUUUAAAACAGGAUGGUCUCGAAUGGAAAGAGUGCUCUUCGUAUUGACUCUGUUGUUAGUCAUCUGCGUCUUAGCAGUCACUUCAGCAUUGGUUUUAGUUAUUUUCAGAUCAAGAACAGGGAAACAAAUCGAUAAAAAUGCAACCACUACUGCUGUCCCAUCCUUAAAUCCAUUCUUAUCAUCAACAACCAGUAGUUCUAUACAACCUAAUGCUACUAGGAUUACUGGACUGACUGGAACAACCCAUUAUACAACAGAGACUGGCCUCGCAAGUACCUCAGUAAAUAUUAACUCACAACCAACAUCAACACUUAAAGCGAAUGUAUCAUUAUCGAAAACUUCAAAAUAUAUUCCGACACAAACAUCGAUACGGCACUCAACAUAUACUACAAAAAGUGGGAAAUCUGUUCAAACCACAGCAUCGACCAUUCAAAUAGCUACUACAAAAUCACACUUGAACAACAAUGGUACCAAAAUGCAACCUAAUACAACAGUACCGUCCACUCCACAACCUGCAACCACUAAGCAAUCAAAUGUUCAACUCUGCCAGACAAAAGGAUGUGUCAUUGCAGCGGCACGUAUUCUGCAAGCAAUGAAUAUGUCAGUUGAACCUUGUACCAACUUUUAUCAAUAUGCAUGUGGAGACUGGAUUGAUACACAUCCGGUAAAGCCAUAUAGUGCAAAAGACAUUUUCAGGGAAGACAUAAAAAUUGAAAAACAACGAAUUAUUGAUCUUCUUAAAGCCAAAAUAAGCAGAAAUGACAUCGAUGCAGUGAAGAAAACAAAGCUGGCUUAUGAAUCUUGCGUAGGAAUAUAUUACAUCAAAGAAAAAUCAUUUAUGAAUGUUAAAUAUUUGGUACAAGAAGCUGGUGGAAUGCCAAUAGUGACCAAAGGAUGGAAAGCCAAUGAAUCUCUAAUUGACUACAUGGUAAAUACAAGAGCACAAUUUGGUGCAAUGCCACUGGUACCAGUGUUUGUCAAAAUUGACCAGAAGAACACAUCUCGUAAUAUAAUUUACUUAGGAGCUGGUUCCGAAGCGACAGGUAAAUCAAUCACUUCGAAUGUCCCUUACUAUGCACAUUUAAGGGACCCCGAAUAUGACGAGCUGCUAUCACAGGUGCUGAAACAGUUCGACGUUAAACAUUCAGAGGUAAAGGAACAAAUAGAUGAACUUUCGACUUUCAUCAAACAACUAGGAAUUAUAAAAUGGCAAAGUCGAGUCGAUGUUGAUGACGUACCUGCAAUGUAUCAUCUGACUACACUUGGAGAAAUAGCUACGAAUUACACAUCGUUCGACUGGAAAUCAUUUCUACAAAAACUACUCGGCAUCAAUGGCACUAAUACCGAACUUCCCAACACAGAGCCUAUAAUUGUGGAAUCCCCCAAAUAUAUUUCCGGUAUGAUGGCUUUGAUUAACAAAACUAGUAUCAGAACUCUUCAGAAUUACAUUAAACUAUCUACAAUAAUGUAUUACCAAAGUUCACUUGGAAUCGGUUACCGGACCAGCUCAUACAUAAGUUCCAACAACGCCAAGGUUAGAAAUGAUUCAUAA